CACUCUUAAAAAUGUUGGGUAAAGUACACUGGGUAAAUGAAAAUUGGGCAUAGGUUGGUUAAAUCUUUCCCAACUUUUUACUACAUACAUUUACCCAGCAUGUGUCAAAAUAUAUCUGCCUACAUAAUGGGCAAAAGCGCUGGGUAAAUAAGCAUUGGGAAUAACUUGGCAUUACAAUUGGGUAAAACUUCCCCAACUUUUUACUAAAUGCAUGUCAUUUUUAAAAAUAUUGGGCAAAUUACACUGUGUAAAUGAAGAUUGGGCAUAUGUUGGUUAAAAUCCCAGCUUUUUACUGCAUUUAUUUACCCAGCAUAUGUCAAAAGAUUUAAUGCGGGGAUAUAAUAUGCCUACAUAAUGAGGAACAAGUUGGGCAAACUUGAACCCGACAAUCAGAAGGCAAAGCUUUCCCAACUUUUUACUACAUGCUAAUAAUAAUACCAAACAUAAAAGAGAGGAAAUUAUGCCUACACACUGUAUAAACAUAAUGCAAGUUGGGCAUAUUUUAACUUACAACUAGGAAACUUUCCCUAUAUGCAUGGGUAAACAAGGCGCGUAACCCCCCCCCCCCCCCCUGGCAUACCUACAUUAACUGGGCAAGUUUCCAAAUCCCUCCAUUGUGGGUAAUCAUUUACUGAACCACAAUAAACUUGGGCACACUUUAACCUGAAAGCUGUGAAAUAUAUGAUCCCCGUUAUAAUGCAUUUUGCCCACAUACUGGGUAACCAUCAGGCGCAGGUUAAUUGGGCAUAUUUUAGCCUACAUGUAGACGGGCUAAGUAAAUCCAAAAUGAAAUUUUACAGAUCAGACAGCUCAUACUUAAGAAUUUUUUUUUAAAUUGGUAAUGUUAAACGAUGACCCAACCUUAAUUAGUUUAAUAAAAUUAAACCUGCAACUGGGAUCGAGUUACCCAAAUUUAGGUAAAUACUUAGUUUUUACACAGAACUACAAUUUGGGCAUAUUUUAAUCUUCAACUCGGUAAAUAAUUAUUCUCCAAAGGCAAAUCCUACAUACUGAGUAAACAUUUACGAGAAAGCACAAAUUGGGCAUAUUUUAAUCUGCACUGGUUCAACUUCCCCAAAUUUGUCACAUGGUUGGUACAUGUACAUCCUCUCAUGUGUCACGGUACGGUAGCGCGCCAGUCCUGCGAGAAGAUCAACCCAGUGCAGACCAGUACCAGAGUAGCGCGCUGUACAUGUCGAGACCGGCCGUAUACCUGGAACACUAAACGGGACUGGCGCCGCAUGCAGAUGCCAAGCGCAAGCAAGCUUGUGUGUUCUGUCAAGUGUCAUCUUGUGUCGUGCAGCCAUAAUGGACAGGAUGAUGUUGAUGUGGAAAUGUUUGAAAUGAUUGGAAGUCCUGCCCUUGAUAUUGACGACUGUUUGAAAAAGUGGGGCGUUCCGGAGCUCAGUGAAAUUUUUAAAGACCUCCUUAUAUCGUGAAGGCUGCUAUGGCAAGUGCCAUUAUUACAGCUUUUCCCUGCUUGCGGGAUCCUGACUCUCCACAUGGCUAUGAAGCCUGGUACUGCCAAGGUGCCAUGGGUCGCCCAGCAACUGGCUACCUGGAGGAGCACCUCAGGUACUUGAGAAAGAAGACUCUUCAGCUGAAGAGGGAGGAAAAAGCAGGAAAUUUGUCGUCUUCUACAAAAAAGCAGAUCAUCAAUCCGAUCCCUACCCAAAUUCCGGCAUCAGAACCUUUGGCAGAUCAUCAGGGACCUUCAGAAGUUGAUGAAGAUACUAUGGCCAAAAUUGAAUGGCUCAAGAAUAACAACGAACCACAAGAGCAGGUUGCAACUUACAUGAAGGACAUAGUAAAGCACCGACAAAAGUGGAUAAAAGCCCAUCAGAAUAAUCUUGGCACCAUCGUAGAAGAGUAUCCGCACAUCAUGCAAACAGAGAUGAUUGAGCAAGACUUCAAGACAUUUCAUGAAGGAAAGGAGAGGGGACUCUAUGUCAAAUGGCCACAGUUUAAGGACCACAUUAUCCAGUAUGCCAACCGUGCCGUACUGUGGAAGGCAGCACUUCAUCUUGAUGGAAUCGACACUGAGAGACUGGACUCUGGAGAAAAGACAAACCUAGCAUUGGUCCUCCUGCCAGCUAUUCUACGUGGAAGGAAAGUUUCUAGGGGUGUGUGCACUGUGCAGGAGACACUUGAUGCUUUUAUAGAUGUUCAGCCCGAGGUGGUGAACAUCGAGGAGUAUUUGAAGUCUAUAGAUGGCCAGCAGUGUCCCCAACCCUUUGUGAUGGCUAGAGGAAGCAAGCUGAAACCAUCUCAGACAUACGUAAUCAUUGAACGACAUGCCAUCGAGACACCCAGCCUCCUCGCUGCUGUAGAUCUCGCGUACAAGACCACAUUUGUAUUCGAUGUUGAAUACCAGCAGCAUUGCCGCCAAGUGUGGAUCUUUCUGCAGAGUGUCGUAUAUGGCAUGAAGGUCCAAACAUAACAGUUACUCUAAAGUUCGUGACCUGAGGGCAUUUCUUGCAACAAAAGACAUCAUCUAAACUAUGAAGCUCAGAUAAAAAAAAUCUAGAGACUGUGGAGUCAAACCCAACAUUAUUUCUAUCAGCCUCAAUUUUAAGCAUAUUGUUCAUGCACCCAAGGAAAAGGAGGAGACCAAAAUGUACUUAACUAUACAUUUAUACUUUUUGUUGUCAACUUCUCUUGCAAGAGCUAUUUGAAAUGUGAAAAGCUACCUCUAAGCAUUGAUGGCAGGAAAAUUUGUUUUGAACAUGAAGAGACAUUUGAAUAUGAACAGUCUAGGAAAAGUACACUUUCAUUUCAUUGUUUUUAUAUUCCUUCCAUUAAAAAUGGUUAUUUGUAUUUUUAAUCAGACUCGAGAAGUAGCACCAAAGAAGCCCUGUUUUUAGUUCUGCAAAGAUCUAAAAAUACCUUUUUAAAUGAAUAUUGACUGAUAAAUACAGAAUUUGAGGUUUCUGCAGAAAAUUCACAUUUUGUUAUGACAAAUCAUAUAAGCAAGUGCUUUUUGACAUUGUCAUUCCUGUCACAAUUUAAGCGGAAUUUGGCCAUCAGAAUUGUUGGGCCCCCAGCAAUUUAUAAAUAUAUUUGGGAGCCAAACAAAUCUUCCAGUCAAUAUUUUUCUUUAAAAAGAAGUCUUUUAAAAAUGUUUGCAGAAGGGUGUGGCCAUUAUGUGACCACUGACCCAUAACUAGCUUCUCACCACCAGCUGUUUGAUUCUGCAUAUUCAGAAAAUAUAAUCACAAUUUCAUGCUAAUUAUGUAUGCUCUGUCUCUAAGUGUCUUCGUAAUGUGUAAUUUGUCUUUGCAUAUUUAUCAAAUUUUGGAGCAUGCACAUAAAGCAAGCCAAGAAAUUGAUUAUCAGUUCGAGGUAUUUUUUACGCCUCACAUCAUACAAAAUGGUGUUUUAUCAGAGCGCUACAUUUAUGAGACCCUAUUGCCUUAUAUCUUGAUAAUGAUAACUAGAAGGAUGUGUACAUUACUAUAAUGCCUCAGUUUUAUACAGAAAAUUCCUAUUGUUACUUUCCUUUGUUCUCUAAUAGCUUUUGUCUUGAUGAAUAUAUUCUGUCCAAAAGAUGCAAACAAAAUUUCCCAUGUACAUCUCCAUUUCUGAUUUUGACAUAUGAAAAUUUUUGUUUUUGACUUCAUCACUUCUAUUGCGUUGAUCAAUAACUUGACAGUAUAAGGAUUAGACAAUGUACGAUUUAUGUUGUUUUUGGUUUUCAUUGCUAAGUUAUGUAUUUGAGCAUUGUUAUCUCAAGGAUCAGUUUGUGUAUAAACAAAUAUAGCUGCCAUCUAUUAUUUAAAGUAAUGAUUACUUAUUUCAGCAUCAGAUUUUUCAGAUUUGGCUGAGUGAUUACUAAUUUGUGUUAAUAGAAACACCAUUAAGUUGUUGUUACUCCUAAAAUAUGGGAGUACCGGGGAAUAGUCAUUUCUAGAGCUUCAUCAGUUUUCUAAUUGUUUUUAACAGCCUGAUCGUUGGUCAAAAGUGAGGGAGUUACUGUUGUCUACUUUUAAAAGUGUUAUGCAUGGAGAAAACCAAUCAAGCAGGUCAUUUUUGAAUGCAAUACAUCCAUUUUGGUAGACAUAGAAGGCAUUUUCUUGCACCAAUGGCUCUGCCUCUUGCAUGCAUUGGAGGCUGGAGACAUAUAGACCUCAACACUAUAGAUUUGAUAUUAGCUUAAAUGUUUGUUACAAAAUUCUUAUAAAUGGUAGCAUACUGAAAUAUGCUUGAUUUCAUGUUUGUUUUACAUUUGCAAGAAAUUAUG